AUGAUCAACACGAUCAGCUGCGGCCCCACCCUGGCGGGACCCUCUAACCGUUCGAUGAAGCAGUAUGUGCGUGCCGCCCACUGCCCUCAGGUCUUUGGCAUAGAGGACGAUCGGUGCCGAAAGCUGCCGAAGGUGGGAUGGGAGCCCAUCACAUUUUGUAAAGAAGAGGAGGAGGGGAUCAUCUACCCCCACGACGACCCAAUGAUCAUUCGGGCCGAGAUCGCCGAUUACGAUGUGGGUCGGGUGCUGAUUGACACCGGAAGCUCGGUGAACGUGAUCUUUGCCGAUGCGUUCAAAGGACUGGGGAUUGCCGAGGGCAUGGUCAAUCGGCAAAUCACGCAUCUACUCAGUUUUUCUGGAGAUCUGGUCCAACCAGUCGGUAGCAUCAGUCUGCCCAUCGCCUUCGGCGUCGCCCCCAGGAAGACCAUGACCUACGAUCAAUUCCUCAUUGUUGACUGCCCAACGGCAUACAACGUCAUCAUAGGACGAAUGGCACUCACCAGGGUCAAAGCCCACUUAUCUCCACACAUGUUGCUGAUGAAGUUCCCGACACGCAACGGUACCGGAGUCAUCCGGGGCGAUCAGCUCAGCGCACGGACGUGCUACGCCACGGCCCUUAAGUCGGUAGCCAGCAAACCGCCAAUGGAAGCCAUGACCGUGCAGGGGCUACCGAUCGGUAGCGAACUUAUUGACGACCCCAGGGAGGAAAACCCAACGCCGAUGGCACAGCCCGCCGAGGAGCUCGAGACCAUAAUCCUAAACGAGGAAUUCCCUGAUCGGUCGGUGAAGAUCGGCACCAAUCUGGAUCCCGACCUCCGAAGACAGUUCAUCGAUUUCUUACGCCCACAAACCGGUCAGGCAAAAGCGCCGAUCGUACGAUGCCGAACGGUACGAGGCAAUGCGUGCCGAAGUUGA